AUGCGAGUGAAGGAAAUGCACCCCUUGUGCUGCAUCUCCCUGGAGAGUCCCGGGAUCGGGAGCCACUCGCCGGAGCCAGACGCGGCGGCGCUGUCCAGAACCAGGAGCCUUCCGGCGAGUUUUGCGGCGGGUGGAUCUGACGGAAGUUUGCAUCGGGGAUCGGAGACCACGGUGGCCGGCGUGCUCUACAAGUGGACCAAUUUCGGCAAGGGCUGGAGAUCCCGGUGGUUCCUUCUGCGCAAUGGCGUCCUUUCUUACUCCAAGAUCCGGUGGCCGGAGAAUCUCAAUCUGCUGACCCCCGUCGACGACGUUCGCCUGAUCGGAGAAGUAUCCGCCAACCGCCUCGCCAGGAUGGACAGAGACGGCGGCGGCAAUAAUCGCCGGAAGAACCACAAACCUCCUCUUUCUUCUUCUUCUUCUUCUUCUUCCGGCGUGGUCCAUCUCAAGAUCUCGUCAUUUAGAGAGAGCAAGUCAGACGAUAAACGGUUCUAUAUAUUUACAGCAACAAAGACUCUCCAUUUGAGAACUGAUUCAAGGAAAGACCGUGUGGCUUGGAUACAAGCUUUGGUGUCAACCCGUGGCUUGUAUCUACUUCCACCACUCAGUGAUCAUCUUCCACUUGCACCGAAUCAUAUAUCUCUAUCAACUGAGAGGCUUAAGAAACGCUUGCUUGAAGAGGGUAGCAGUGAGAGCUUUGUAAAGGAGUGCGAGCAAAUCGUGCUCGCUGAGUUCUCCGAAUUACAAGGGCAACUUAAAAUCCUGUGUCAAGAACGAUCAACUUUACUUGAUACAAUUAGGCAGUUGGAGGCAGCUAAUAUCGAACCUGAGGCCUCUGCCUUGCAUGAUGGUGAAUACCAAUUAACAAAGAAUGAAUUUUCAAAUCUAGGACGUGGAAAAUAUAGUGAGUGCAGCACAACAGAAUCAUCAGAUGAUGUUGAGAAACAGGAAAUGGAGGAAGUGUCAGAAGAAGAUGAAAUCUCAUAUUAUGAUACUAGAGAGGAUUUUACAGAACCUGGUUUUAGGUGUGGGUCAACAGGAGCUCUAGUUCAAGUGAACAUGUCUGGGGAAGCUACCACACAGUGCAAUGAUAUGGAGAACACUCAUGUUGAGAAGACGAUUCAUGAUUAUGGGUACCCUCAGAUAGCAAGGCGAAGAAAGCUUCCAGAUCCUGUUGAGAAAGAGAAGGGUGUUAGUCUUUGGUCAAUGAUCAAAGACAAUGUGGGCAAAGACCUCACACGAGUUUGUCUACCGGUAUACUUUAAUGAACCUAUAUCAUCCCUUCAGAAAUGUUUUGAGGACUUGGAGUACUCUUAUCUUCUUGAUCGAGCUUAUGAGUAUGGAAAAUCAGGAAACAGUCUCCUUCGGGCACUGAAUGUUGCUGCCUUUGCAGUUUCUGGAUAUGCAUCAUCUGAAGGUCGUCAUUGUAAACCCUUUAAUCCUUUGUUAGGGGAAACUUACGAAGCUGAUUAUCCUGACAAAGGAAUUCGCUUCUUUUCUGAGAAGGUAAGUCACCAUCCCACUGUCGUUGCCUGCCACUGUCAAGGUAGAGGAUGGAAGUUUUGGGCUGACAGUAACAUUCGUUCAAAGUUUUGGGGAAGGUCAAUUCAGCUUGAUCCAGUGGGAGUUCUUACCCUAGAGUUUGAUGAUGGUGAAAUAUUUCAGUGGAACAAGGUCACGACUACAAUUUAUAAUCUUAUCCUCGGCAAAAUAUAUUGUGAUCAUCAUGGGAACAUGGACAUCCGUGGUAAUCGUCAAUAUUCAUGCAGACUCAAGUUCAAAGAGCAGACGAUUCUUGACCGAAAUCCUCACCAGGUGCAUGGAUUUGUUGAAGAUGUAAGGGGGAGAAAAGUUGCCACAUUAUUUGGCAAGUGGGAUGACAGCAUGUAUUAUGUUAAUGGUGAUGUGAAUGUCAGGCCAAAAGAUUUCACUUCGUCAGAUGCAACCUUAUUGUGGAAAAGGACUAAGCCACCUUCAAAUCUCACUCGGUACAAUUUGACAUCAUUUGCCAUCACACUGAAUGAGCUUACUCCAGGACUAAAGGAGAAGCUUCCGCCCACGGAUUCCAGGCUGAGACCAGAUCAGCGGCACCUAGAGAAUGGGGAAUACGAGAAGGCUAAUAUGGAGAAACAAAGGUUGGAAAAGAGGCAAAGGAUGUCAAGGAAACUACAAGAAAAUGGUUGGGAGCCUAGGUGGUUCCACAAAGAAGGUGAAAAUGGAACAUUUCGAUAUAUUGGUGGGUAUUGGGAAGCGAGAGGUCUAGGAAGAUGGGAUGGAUGCCCAAAUAUAUUUGGUGAAUUUCAUGAAAGCUUGGUUGAUUCUUGAGGUGCAUCUUGAUUUUAAGUUCAGAUGAUGACAAUGAAUAGAAAUUAGUUUGUGGCGGGUUUAUCUCUUGCAUGGCGGCAACUUGUUUUACUUAAUGGACGGGAGAAGAGUAGCCUUUUGGAACCUUUGAAAAUGAGACCCUUUGCUGUUCUUAUUGGACAGGUUUGUGUAUUGCCCAUGUGUUUGCAUCAUAGCAAAAACAAUGGGAAGGAGUAGCAAAAAUAACUUCAAUCGGUUCUAUCUGAAAGUUGCUUUGUGAUUUAAAUGACUUCAAUCGCCUAUGGCUGGUAAAGUUGUAAUUCUAUUGACCUAAUGGAACAUCAUUGCACGUACACGGCACUGUAGAGAGCUGUGGUCCACUGAGAAUCUCAAACUGAGGCUGUCACUUCAUCUAGAUGAGCAAAGAAUUCAGCCUAACAACAGAGAUUAGGGUGUCCUGUUAGAUUGCCAUAAUCUUUCUUAUUUUUUAUUUUUUAUUUUGUUAGUAUGUAAUUAUUUGGAUUUUGGGGUAUUAGCUUAUGUAAGAUUCUCUCCCUUUAUCCCGAGAUAACUAGUGAUUUGGCCGAAAGGCUAUCGAUUGAUUACAUUUGUUUGCAUUUCCUAAUAAAAUAAA